AUGCCUCAGCCACCGUAUUCACCAGACUUGGCCCCCUGCGACUUUUUCCUCUUCCCAAAAUUGAAAAGGCCCAUGAAAGGACGAAGAUUUGCGACGAUUGAGGAGAUUAAGGCUGCAUCGCUGGAGGAGCUCAAGGUAACUUCGAUUACGUUAUUCGCAUUGCCACCGGAUUUGACGGCUGCAUGUAACGUAGCAAAGUCAAUACUGCUGGAGCAAUUAAACAUCAGCAAGAUACACGCUCACGUUCCAUCCUAUGACAAGGUCGCUCCGCCGCUAAUCGUACUAACGGGCCCAUCAGCGGUGAAAAAGAUGGAAUUAGCCCUGCACGUAAUCCGAACGAUUCCUGACAAAGUGAAAUAUUGCCGUUGGCACACCACGAGAGAGAUCUGUGAAGACAACGAUGACGAAAGUGACACUUAUAUUCUCGUGGACAAAGAGAGGUUCAACGACAUGGCACGAUGUGGCGAAUUUUUGAUGAUCCUGGAUCUUUUGGGUCAUAGUUACGGAUUUCACGCAGAUCAGAUCUCUCCGUUAAUAUCUGAAAAUAAGAUCGGUCUCACUAAGAUGAAUCUGUACGUGACCAUAGAGAUUUCUAAGCGGUAUCCGAACGUAAGAACAAUCCUUGUGCUCACGCAGAGCGUGGAUCUUCAUUGCACCUGGGCGCAGAAGAAGUUUGAUGUAUACACAUGGAUCAAGGAUAACGUGGAGAAUCUGUUGGUCGUGAAGAUAGGCAAGCACGUCGGGGAUAACGAUGUAGAAAGCGCAAGUUGCAUGUUGGAUUUCAUUAAGGAAAUUAUAAAUGAGGUUCUUAUCGCUUGUCGCAUAGGUUUAUGAUAUACAAACGAGUACGUUAAAGGGUCAGAUCAAUGUUACACUCUAAAAAAGGAUAUUUUUGGGAAUUAAUUUUACAAAAAUGAAACAGCCAUGUUUUG